AAUAAUGAAAUAUCGUAAUUAAAGAAGACAAGUUUUCAAGUAUUUUAUAUAAUUAUUCAUUUAUAAUUAGAACUUUAACAAAAUGCAAACAAAUGAAUGUUUUGUUUGUGGUUGUAACAAUUUCACCGUUAUUGAUGGUGUAUUUGUGUGUAAUGAAUGUGGAAUACAGUCUCAAAGUAUUAGAGAAGAACACAUAGACUUACAUGAAAAUGUUAAUCUUAACUAUGAAGAUCCUACAAAUAUAGAUCAUGAAAUAACAACAGGAUCUCAACUAGAAAAAGCUAAAAAACUAUUAUCUUGGGAAUGUUAUAAUUUUAUACUUUUAGGACUUACUAAUGAGAUUAUUGAACUUGGAGCUAAACCUACCUUAAAAGUGAUAGUGUUACAACUAUGGGUUCAAUAUUUGCAAUGCAUUGAAGUUGCGUUUACUUCAAAGAAAUUUAAGAAACUUCCAAAAUUAAAUACAUCAAUAAUUGAUGUUGACUGUGAAAUUUUAUACGGAGUUGAAAAUCUGAAAAACAAAAUUCUUAGUGCAAAAAUUGGAGUAGCGAAAGAAAAUAAAAAAAGAAGAUGUUCCAAUAAAAGAAAAUCACUUACGUCUAGCAUUAAUUCUAGUAUAACAGACAUUAAUAAACGAAAUAGAUUUAGCCGGAAAUUAAAAAAAUUAGACCACUCUACAAGAGAUUCAAACAACGACUCAGUAGGAUUAUCAGAUGAUAUUAGUUUAUUGCAAAGAAGUAAUAAGUCAAGUAAAAUCAAAAUUAAAUUGACUAAAAGUAUAAAAAAAUCUCUAACUUCAAUGCCAUCAAAGACUAAAGAUCUUACUCAAGAAGAAUCAUUAAAGCUUUUAAAAACUGGCAAAAAACAAUGGAAUAGUUUAAAAAAAAAAGAAAGAAAAAAUGUUUUAUCUAUUAAAAAACUAAUAUCUAUAUUACAAUUAGCUCUUAUGAUCAACAAUGAUGAUAUCUACCUAUCUGAUAUACUUAGAUGGAUUCAUGAAGGACAUUUGCAUAUAAAUCGUGUUAACUUAUUUUUACCAGAAAAUUCAAAGCAUGGUAUUAACUUCAGUAGAAUGGUGCCAUGUUCAUCAAGAAACUUUAUAAAUGAAGAAUUCCACAUGCUACUGAAGCAUUUUAAAUCUGAUAAACUACCUAAUAUUGAUUUUAAAAAAUUACUGUUACGUUUUUGUGAUGAACUUCAACUUCCAAAUGAUUUCACACAUUUUGUUUGCAAACUCGUAUCAAUAUCUCCUCCAAGUACUAAAUGUAAUCAAAUAUUACCAGACAUAGAAGUUAAAGUAAUGGCUUACAUACUAUUUGCUGCCAAAUUUUUAUUUUGUCUUGAUGAUAAUGCAGAAAAUUUAUCCUCAGACUUUGCUGAAAAAAUUAACCAGUCAAAUAUAGUUGAUAAAAAAUUGUUCAGCUGGAAUGAUUAUGUACAAUACAUAGAAUUUAGAAAUUGUAUUGUAUCUAAAUAUAACUAUUGUCUGCAUGAACAAUUGUAUAAAAGCAAUAUACGCAACACUCAAUUAUUUAUCAACGAUUGGAAUAUUAUGAAACCAACUUUACCUAUAAUAGAAGGAGACAAAAUAUGUAAAAGUUUUAGAGACAACACAGAAUGUUUACUUCAAUCGAUACCUGAUUUUGGAAGAAAGGAAAACUAUAGAGAAAUUCCUGCCUCAACUAAACCAUUGUCAUCAACUAUAAAAUGGAUAAUUGAAUAUCAUUCAAUAGAAUUAAGCGAUGAAGCAAAAAGAAUACUAGAAAAAAAUUUUACUCAAACUGAUAUCUUAUACCUAACUAAUGAAGAAAGAAUCUAUGAUUUAGCUGAUCAGUGUAAUGUACCUAUAGAAGUCAACUUUAAUAUUCCAUUACAUUACACAAAACAAAAUGAUAAAGAUUCCGAUACUAUAGGAACUCUACCGUAUACUUCUCAAGUCAAUGUGUAUUUAGUAAAUCAAGAAAUGUAUAAAAAUAAACAGAAUGAAACUACUAAUAGUUCAUAUGAAGAGAAACCAAAUACAAUUUUCUUAGGAACUGGCUCAAAUUAUUGGUAUAUCCACAUUAAUAGACAUUUUUUAAGAAAAUCAAAACUUUCCAAAAUAAAUACAGUAUUAAAAAAAAAAUUACCAUACUCAUUUUUAUGGUUUAUGCGCCAAUGCUGUAGGGUUUUAAAUUGUAAUAUGUCUGAUUUGUAUUUGCAACUUAUAAAUUUAGAGAAAAAAUUCUCUACAUUUAUGCAACCAAAUGAAACAUCUAACCAAACUGAAUGUGAAGAAAUGAUUUCUAAUAUUACUUUGUAG